UACCUAUUUAUAGUCCGAGAGUCGCAACAUAAAGAUUACGGAUAUUUUUUACUCUUAUCCUCAUCCGCUCAUUCAUCAUCAUCACCUUCGACGCUCCAGUUUCUUUAGGAUUCAUCACAGCAGCAGCAGCAGCAGCCAAACAGCGAACAGGCGAUGGACGUGAUUUCCAGGAGGACGACGACAUCGUCGACUUUGAAUCCGAACGCUCCGAUGUUCGUGCCGUUGGCGUAUCGGACGGUGGAGGACUUCUCCACCGAGUGGUGGUCCCUGGUCCAGUCCUCACCUUGGUUCCAAGACUACUGGCUUCAGGAGCGCUUCCAAGAUCCCCAAAACGACCCCUUCUCUCCCGAUAUUAACGAUCCUGCCCUCCCCGAUGACGUCGAUGCUCUCUUCGAUGACGUUCACUACCCCAACAACAACACACAGGCACAGCAGGAGGAGGAGGAAGAGGAGAAGGAUUUUCAUAAGGAGCUGGUUUCCAUGGGACUGCUGAAAUGGCGAAAGGGUCGGCCUUUGGCUGAGGCUCCCAGGUUCAUCGAAAAGGCUCCCAAGAUUGUGAACGUGAUGAAAGUGAGUCCGCGGGCGAUUCAGCAGCCGAGGUAGACCGAGUCGCUGUCUCAGCCUCACUGAGUUUGAUUGAUUAUGUAGUCUUUGUACAUAAGAAGCAAGCAUGGGUUUUUUUUUUAGUUUUCAGUUCUCUGUUCAUGUAACUUUUUUACUUGCUUUCUUUGAUCAAUAAACUAAUGAAUCUGAUUUGAGAUUUGA